UGUGUAGAUCGUAGCUCGUUUCUUCGAAUUCUCUCCCUGUAAGGGAAAAAUUAGUUAAGCAAAAACAAAGAAAUACCGAGCGAUGGAGAUGGAGAUGGAGAUGGAGUCAUCUAGAGAGGAGACGCCUAUUUUUCUGGACCGUUAUGCUCGACCUACAAGAGGGAAAAGGAUGACCAAGUUGCUUGAUGAAGAAAUUGAAGACGACGAGUUGUUCUGGAAUCAGGAUGCUUUUAAAGAGGAAGACAAUGAUGCCAAUUACGUACAAGAGCCUGAGGUUGCUGAUGAGUUUGAUAGUGACUUUGAUGAAGAUGAGUCUGAACCUGAUGAGGAGGAAGCAGAAAAUGAAGUAGAUCAAAGGGUUCGACCAAAGAGGCGACUAAUUUUUCCAGGAAAAACUUUGCCAAAGAAAAAGAAGAAAAAGAAAGUCCUUUCAAAGUUAGAUAGUUUCCCCAAGGAUGACAAGCCCUCUGAAAAGUCGUCCUCUCCACAACAUCGAGAUGCCCCUGAGGAGACUGAAGGUGAGAGAACAGUCAGGAAGUCUACAAGGACUUCAGUCAUUGUUAGGCAAGCAGAAAGAGAUGCAAUACGUGCGGCUUUGCAAGCAACAAUGAAGCCAAUAAAAAGAAAAAAGGAAGGUGAAGAGAAGAGGAUGACCCAAGAAGAGAUGCUUCUGGAAGCAGCACAAACAGAAAUCAUGAACUUGAGGAACUUAGAACGUGUGUUGGCAAGAGAGGAAGAAGUCAAGAAGAGAGCAAUAGUGCAUAAAGCUGUAUACAGUGGCCCACAAAUCCGAUAUUUGUCAAAAGAUGGUUGUUCGUAUCUAGAAUUUACAAAAGGCGUGUCAUUUCAGUCUGAGAUCUCAACCACAUCUCUAGCAUAUCCAGAGAAUGCUGUCUGUGUUGUUACUGGAUUGCCUGCAAAGUAAGAACCUAAUUUCAUAAUAGUUGUAACUUAGGCCUUUUUAUAAUCUUGCUGCAAGAGGUCAAUUAUUGCAGCCAUAUCAUGAAGCUAUGCUUCGCUGGUAGAUUGGAUGUAGAUAUUGUGGGCAUUAUAGUUGCCUUGUGUGGGACUUAUCUGAAGAUUUCUUGUGGUAGUUAGCAAUGCAUAUUGGGGAUGAUAUAAUUUCAACAUUUUUCUUAUCAAUCUGUGAAGGCAUGUGAAACUGAAAGGCUUUGACUUCUAAGUUAUAACUCAGGAAUCUGGUCAAUUUUGGUU